UCCCUUCCCGACAUGCAUUGACAGUUGGCUGUCUGGGUGAGGAGCAGGCUGCGGGAGAGCUCUACCUUGGAGUUAACCCCCCUCAGCGUCUUACAAAGGAGCAUUUUGUUUUCCGGAUUUGGGUGUGCGGCCUCUGGAAGGGAGCAGAGCAAUUCUGUUACAAAAAAGGAACCUGAUUGGCUUCCAAGAUGUCAUCUAGAAGUAAAGAUGAUGCCGAACGCUACCUUUUUGUAGAUCGAAACCCUACGAGCAUCACAGCAACGCAAGCUGAUUGGACAGCCAAGAAGCAAGUGUGGGUGCCCUCUGAAAAACAUGGCUUUGAAGCAGCUAGCAUCAAGGAGGAGCGAGGUGAUGAAGUGGUGGUGGAGUUGGCCGAGAAUGGUAAAAAAGUGUCUGUCAACAAGGAUGACAUUCAGAAGAUGAAUCCACCAAAGUUCACCAAGGUUGAGGAUAUGGCAGAGUUGACCUGUUUAAAUGAAGCGUCUGUCCUCCACAAUCUCAAAGAUCGUUAUUAUUCUGGACUCAUCUAUACAUAUUCAGGUCUCUUCUGUGUAGUGAUCAACCCUUACAAAAACCUGCCAAUAUACACAGAACAAAUAGUGGAAAUGUACAGAGGGAAGAAACGCCAUGAAAUGCCUCCACACAUAUACGCAAUAUCAGAAACAGCCUAUCGUAGCAUGCUUCAAGAUCGUGAAGAUCAGUCCAUCCUUUGCACUGGGGAAUCAGGGGCAGGAAAAACAGAAAACACCAAGAAAGUCAUCCAGUACCUGGCUCAUGUGGCCUCAUCACACAAGGGACGGAAGGAACACACUGCUCCAAACUCCAGUAUCAUGUCAUAUGGAGAGCUAGAGCAUCAACUCCUGCAAGCCAACCCUAUUUUGGAAGCUUUUGGGAACGCCAAGACUGUGAAAAAUGACAACUCUUCCCGUUUUGGCAAAUUUAUCCGAAUUAAUUUUGAUGUCGCUGGAUACAUCGUUGGAGCCAACAUUGAAACCUAUUUACUGGAGAAAUCCCGAGCAAUUCGCCAAGCCAAGGAUGAAAGGGCAUUCCAUGUUUUUUACCAGAUCUUAGCGGGAGCAGGGGAGCAUGUGAAAACUGACUUACUUUUGGAGGGCUUCAAUCAGUAUCGCUUUUUAUCCAAUGGAAAUGUCACCAUUCCAGGACAGCAGGACAAAGAGAUCUUCCACGAGACAAUGGAGUCCAUGAAAAUCAUGGGAAUUAGUCAUGAAGAAAUCAUGUCAAUGCUGAGGAUGGUAUCGGCUGUUCUCCAGUUUGGCAAUAUUAUCUUUCGGAAGGAGAGGAACACAGACCAAGCAUCCAUGCCAGAUAACACAGCUGCACAGAAACUGUGCCAUCUUUUGGGACUUAAUGUGACAGAGUUUACACGUGCCAUCUUAAUGCCGAAAAUUAAAGUUGGGCGUGAUUACGUCCAGAAGGCACAGACUAAGGAACAGGCUGACUUUGCUAUUGAGGCUCUCGCUAAAGCGCUCUAUGAAAGGCUUUUCCGCUGGCUGGUCCAUCGCAUCAACAGAGCGCUGGAUAGGACCAAGCGACAAGGUGCAUCAUUCAUUGGGAUCCUGGACAUAGCUGGCUUUGAAAUCUUUGAGCUGAACUCAUUUGAACAGCUUUGUAUUAAUUACACAAAUGAGAAACUGCAGCAGCUCUUCAACCACACCAUGUUCAUUCUGGAACAAGAGGAAUACCAGCGGGAAGGCAUUGAGUGGAACUUCAUUGAUUUUGGCCUGGAUUUGCAGCCUUGCAUUGAUCUCAUCGAGAGACCGGCCAAUCCUCCAGGUGUCCUGUCCUUGCUGGAUGAAGAAUGCUGGUUCCCCAAAGCCACUGAUAAAAGUUUUGUGGAGAAGGUUAUCCAAGAACUUGGCACCCAUCCUAAAUUCCAGAAGCCUAGACAACUGCGAGACAAGGCUGAUCUGAGUAUAAUCCACUAUGCUGGCAAGGUGGACUAUAAAGCAGAUGAAUGGUUGAUGAAGAACAUGGACCCUUUGAAUGAUAAUGUGGCCACUCUCCUUCAUCAGAGCACAGACAAAUUUACAGGAGAGCUCUGGAAAGAUGUGGAUAGAAUUGUGGGACUUGACCAGAUGAGUGGUAUGGCUGACAUGACAUUUGGCUCGUCAUACAAGACAAAGAAAGGAAUGUUCCGCACUGUGGGGCAGCUCUACAAAGAAUCGCUGGCCAAGCUGAUGUCUACACUAAGAAACACCAACCCCAACUUUGUCCGAUGCAUCAUUCCCAACCAUGAAAAAAGAGCUGGAAAAUUGGAGCCUCACCUAGUCCUUGACCAGUUGCGCUGUAAUGGAGUUCUGGAGGGAAUCCGUAUUUGUAGACAAGGCUUCCCAAACAGAAUCAUCUUCCAGGAGUUCAGGCAAAGAUAUGAGAUUUUGACUCCAAAUGCUAUUCCCAAAGGAUUUAUGGAUGGAAAACAAGCUUGCGCAAUAAUGAUCAAAGCUUUGGAACUAGACCCCAAUCUUUUUCGCAUUGGACAGAGUAAAAUAUUCUUCCGUGCUGGAGUGCUGGCUCAUCUGGAAGAGGAGAGAGAUCUGAAGAUUACAGACAUCAUUGUACUCUUCCAAGCUGCUGCCAGAGGAUACCUUGCUAGGAAAGCUUUUAUAAAGAAACAGCAACAAAUGAGUGCUUUGAAGGUGGUGCAGAGGAACUGUGCUGCAUACCUCAAGCUAAGACAUUGGCAGUGGUGGAGACUCUUUACCAAGGUGAAGCCCUUGUUACAAGUAACCCGACAGGAUGAAGUAAUGCAGGCCAAGGUAGUGGAACUGCAGAAGGUGAAAGAUAACCAGACGAAGGCCGAACAAGACCUAAAGGAUAUGGGAAGCAAAUACCAGCAGUUGGCGGAAGAAAAGUCGAUUUUGGCAGAACAGUUGCAAGCAGAGACUGAGCUGUUUGCAGAGGCUGAAGAGAUGAGAGCUAGACUUGCAGCAAAGAAACAGGAGCUAGAGGAAAUAUUACAUGAUUUGGAGUCCCGUGUGGAGGAAGAGGAAGAGCGGAACUUGCAGAUGCAAAAUGAGAAGAAGAAGAUGCAGACUCAUGUGCAGGAUUUAGAGGAACAAUUAGAAGAAGAAGAGGCAGCCCGACAGAAACUGCAACUGGAAAAAGUUACAACUGAAUCCAAGCUGAAAAAGAUGGAAGAAGAUAUUCUUCUAUUAGAAGACCAGAACGCUAAACUCAGCAAGGAGAGAAAGUUGUUGGAAGAUCGUAUUUCUGAUUUCACCAGUAAUAUGGCUGAAGAAGAGGAGAAAGUAAAGAGUCUGAGCAAACUUCGCAACAAAUAUGAGGCUGUCAUUGCAGAUAUGGAAGAUCGUCUCAAGAAGGAAGAAAAAGGCAGACAAGAGAUGGAGAAAUUAAAAAGGAAACUUGAUGGGGAAACAUCAGACUUAUCAGAUCAGAUUCUAGAGCUUCAGCAACAGAUUGAGGAGCUGAAACAGCAACUGGCACGGAAGGAGGAAGAGCUCCAGGCGGCUCUUGCUAGAGUUGAAGAGGAAGCAGCACAGAAGAACAAUCUGCUGAAACAGCUUCGGGAAAUACAGUCUCAAAUCUCGGAAUUGCAAGAAGACUUAGAGUCCGAAAAGGCUGCAAGAGCAAAGGCAGAGAAGCAGCGCCGGGACCUUGGGGAAGAGCUGGAGGCACUGAAGUCUGAGCUUGAAGACACAUUAGAUUCCACAGCUGCACAGCAAGAACUUAGGGCAAAACGUGAACUAGAAGUGACAGAUCUUAAAAAGGCAAUUGAAGAUGAGACCAAAGUCCAUGAGUCCCAGAUUGUGGAAAUAAGACAGCGACACACACAGGCACUGGAAGAUCUCUCAGAACAACUGGAACAAUCACGCAGGUUCAAGGUGAACAUAGAGAAGGUGAAGCAGACCCUAGAGAGUGAGAAUUCUGACCUGGUAAAAGAAGUCAAGAAUCUUCAUGCAGUGAAACAGGAUUCUGAACAGAAGAGGAAAAAAUUAGAAGGACAGGUGUCUGAUCUUCAGAUCCGAGUGUCUGAAAGUGAGAAGAUCAAGGCUGAACUGGCAGAAAAGCUGCAUAGAGUACAGGCUGAACUAGAUGGUGUAUCUGGUACACUGGGAUCAACAGAAAGCAGGUCUAUUAAACUAACCAAGGACCUAACAGCAGUGCAAUCACAGCUGCAAGAUGCCCACGAGUUGCUACAAGAGGAAACCCGACAGAAGCUAAAUUUUAGCUCCAGGGUAAAACAGUUGGAAGAGGAGAAAAAUAACCUAUUGGAGAAUUUAGAGGAAGAGGAAUCCGCAAAGGCUCAGCUCAGUCGUCAGAUUCAGAUUCUCCAGCAACAGCUUGUUGAAUCAAAGAAGAAGAUGGAGGAUCAUGGAGGUGCUGUGGAGGGUCUGGAAGAAGCCAAGAAAAAAAUAGCCAAGGAGUUAGAGCUUAUGCACCAACGUUUCGAUGAGAAGCACCAAUUCAAUGACAAGCUGGAAAAGACUAAAAACCGCUUACAGCAAGAGCUGGAUGACCUCAUGGUUGAUUUGGAUCAUCAACGACAAAUUGUUUCAACCCUGGAAAAGAAACAGAAGAAAUUUGAUCAGAUGCUAGCAGAAGAGAAGAACAUAUCAGCACGCUAUGCUGAUGAGCGAGAUAGGACAGAGGCAGAGGCUCGUGAAAAAGAAACAAAAGUCUUGUCUCUGAGUCGAGCCCUAGAAGAAGCCCUUGAUAUAAAAGAUGAACUGGACAGACAAAACAAGUUGCUACGGGCAGAGAUGAAUGACAUUGUCAGCUCCAAGGAUGACGUUGGUAAAAAUGUCCAUGAAUUGGAACGGGCCAAACGAGCUUUAGAGCAACAAGUGCAGGACAUGAAGACUCAGAUAGAAGAGCUAGAGGAUGAGCUGCAAGCCAUUGAAGAUGGAAAACUCCGUCUGGAGGUCAACAUGCAAGCAAUGAAAGCUCAGUUUGACAGGGAUAUCCAAAAUCGUGAUGACUCCAAUGAUGAAAAGAAGAAACUCCUGAUCAAGCAGGUGCGUGAUCUGGAGGUGGAACUGGAUGAAGAACGAAAGCAGAAAGUCCAAAUUCUUGCUGGCAAGAAAAAAAUGGAAAUGGACCUUCAGGAAAUGGAAAAUCAAAUUGAUGGAGCCAACAAAGGCCGGGAAGAGGCAGUUAAACAACUGAAAAAAUUACAGUUCCAGCUGAAAGAAGUUUGGCGGGAAGUGGAAGAGACCCGCACAUCUCGAGAGGAAAUGUUCAUCCAGUCUAGAGAAAAUGAGAAGAGACUAAAGAGUUUAGAAACCGAACUCCUGCAGCUACAAGAGGAAUUGGCAGCUGCAGAAAGAGCAAAAAGACAAGCUCAGCAAGAAAGAGACGAUCUGGCGGAUGAGCUAGCGAAUGGUGUUAGUGGCAAGUCAUCUCUCCUGGAUGAAAAACGAGCCCUGGAGGCAAGAAUCGCUCAGCUGGAGGAGGAGCUUGAUGAAGAGCAGAGUAAUAUGGAGCUGCUUAAUGACAGAUAUAGGAAAUACACCUUGCAGGUGGAGACAAUCACUACAGAACUGGCUGCAGAAAGGAGCUUCUCCCAGAAGGCUGAAAAUGCCAGGCAGCAAAUGGAAAGACAGAACAAGGAGCUUAAAGUGAAAUUAAAUGAGAUGGAUUCCACCGUAAGGUCAAAAUACAAGAUUGCGAUUGCUUCCCUGGAGGCCAAGAUUGCUCAGCUGGAAGAACAAAUGGAACAGGAAUCAAAGGAGCGAAUCAUGGCCAACAAACUGGUGCGACGUGCAGAGAAGAGGCUGAAGGAGGUGCUUGUACAAGUAGAGGAAGAAAGAAGAAAUGCUGACCAAUUUAAAGAGCAGCUUGAGAAGGCACACAUCCGCAUGAAGCAGCUGAAGCGCCAGUUGGAGGAAUGCGAGGAAGAGGCGUCACGAGCCAAUUCCAACCGCCGUAGACUCCAAAGAGAGCUGGAAGAUGUGACGGAGUCAGCAGAGUCCAUGAACCGGGAGGUGAACACACUCCGAAGCCGGCUCAGCAAGUUAGAGCGACAGCAACGCAAGAGGGCACCUCUUCCAUUCACUACUCGUACUAUACGUACAGUGUACCAUCUCGAAGGUGUUUCUGAUGAAGAGGCAGAGGCACCCAGUGGGGAACCAUCAACCAAUCAUCAACAGCCUGCUCAGCAUGAGUGAUGCCACCUAAACAUAUAGCAACGGAUUGAGCUUUCAACUCUUCUCCUAAACCUACAGACAAGUCUUCAACAGAAACAGAUGGAAUGACUCAACAGAACACUAAGACUGCUACUGUCAACACAUGACUUUUGAGAGUGACUGAACACUCCAUAUGGGUGAACUUAAUCCUUCGUCUUCGUAUCUUAGCCAUGAGUUUCACAAAGCACUUUAUCUGGGAUGAACUCAAAUAAUGGCAGAGUGUGAGAAUAAUUAUAUAAGGAAUAAUGUCAUAUGAUAUUGUACAAUUGGCAUAUUUGCAUAGGAACUCAAGGCCUGUUAUGCUCUUAUUGUCAUUGUAGAUUUAACAAAUCCCCAUUACAACUCUGUUAAAUGCUGUCCACUUUCACUCUUCUUUUUGUGGUUGUGUGGAUGGGUAUAAUUUUCUAUUGGUAAUUCAUAUCUACAACUGGUCUAUAUUUGGAGCUAUAACAGCAGCUCAACAGACAAUCUGGGAUUGCAUUAUUUUGACUAUUGAGAGUUGUAAUGCAAUUCCAACAGGACAUCCAUGUAAUAUUGUGUAAGUAAGCCCAUUGUGUGAUGUUGUGGUAUUAAUUCACUAGCAAAUUUAAUUUGAGGACCAUUAUUUAAAUAAAAUAAAAAAUUGUGCAUUAACAAAAGAACUGUAUCAUGGAUAUAUGGGAUCAUGUACCCACUACUGAAACUUUGCCUUAGAGUUUAGAGGUCGUAUAAAUGCCCGAGGCUGGAGGCAUAGUACAUUUACUGAGGUCACAUAGCUCAGUGGGGAAUACUAAUAUUCAUAAAAGGGAAUUCCGUUAAGUGGUAAUCUACAACACAUUAAAAAUUAUAAUUCUUUAUUUUUUUAUUUAUUACUAUAUCACUUACAUAAACUGAUAAACACCAACAUACUCCAGUCUUUAAACACCACACUUCCUUAUAUGACAGUAUGUCAUGGAAGGACAUGGGGAUUCAUUUAAAUAACACUAAUUUGCCAGUUACAGUGUUAAGACUGUGUUAAUAGUCCUACAAAGCCAAGUUUCAAGGCCAUAGGCUCUUCGUCGAGGGAGGGUAUUAUAAUGCUUUUAGGUUUUGGAGGCCUUUCUUUGUAUAGCAUUUAAAUUGUUACAGCAUCUAUUCCUUGUUCUAUUACAUUGGGUCUCUGUAACAUGAACUAAUGGCAAGUGUACCUUUAUACUAUCUGGCUAAUUGUCUCAGUGUAUUUAUUCUAAAAGCACGAUGCCAUCUGUGACUUGAAUAGAAUAUGAACAGUGUAUUUGGGCAGCUGGAAUAGUAAAAGGGGUGUUAACAUGCUACAUAUGUAGAAUUAGGAUCUAAUGCCCAGUACAGCAUUUUUUAAAUGACAAAUCAUGUUAAGUAGUUAUACAUUUACAAGCCAGAAUAAAUGAUAAGUCCCUCCUAUUAUUAAAAGACACAAUAUGGCUUUCAUUUGCCCUAAGUGGUAGUUCUGCUUAGAAAGAGCUUUAUUUAUUCUUUGAAUGUAGUAUGUCAGCCAUUGAGAGAUAACAUGCCCACCUUGACAGGGACUGUCCAGCCAUAUUUAGGGCUAUUAGUAUAUUUAUUUGCCUGUUUAUUCAAUAUACAAACUGCCAUUCUCCUGGUCAGUUUAAAUGCCAUAAAUCGAAUUGGGAAACAGUUGUAUGUGACAGCCACCCAUCUAUAUGGACCAUAGGAACUGGGCUCCAGAGGAGCUAGCUUAUAUAUUGGCAUUUUCAUUAAAAAAAGCUAUAGAUGUCCGCAGAACUUAUCAUUGCAAUUUACUCUAAUAUUCUUCAUUGCAGUUAACUGUAGAUAUGGGCAAAGAUUUUGGUAAGAUGCAUACAGUAUGUAAUCAGGAUAGUUGAUUUAAUAAAUACUGCACUAAAAUUCCCAAAUAGAUUGUAAGGCCAAAUAAAAUAUAUAAAUCACUCUACUAAGUUGUUAUAAAUUAUGAAAAAUACCACUAUUUGGGUACAUGGGGAUCUUUUUUUAUUCUGGGGUAGCUUGCUCUUAAGGAUGGCUCCUUUUCAGCAUGUAUCUCCUUCUGUAUAGCAAUAUUGAUAUUUAGAUUCUUUAUGUCAAAGAUGCUUCUAACUGGAAUGCACCAUUAUUCUCACACGCUGCAAUUUUUAUAAUUAAAAAAUACGUGCUUGAGACCUUUUAUGGCAUGAUAUCCAAAGCGUAACACAACGAUAGAACGCAAUUUCAAUAUUCGUUAGGAAAAACACUGCACAUAUGUUUUGCUAAGUUGACAGGUAUUUUCAGACACAAUCAUGUGUAUAAAGAUGUUCCUGCAUGACACUCAUGUUAAUUCUGAAAAAAUUGUCAUAUUUUUCUGUCAAUGCAAUUUGCUAAAUUUUAUUUUUUAAAAUGGUUUAAUGGAGAUGGCGGAUGUUUUUUUUAUCUUUUGGUUUUUAUUCUUUAAUUUGACUUUGCUUUCCAUGUUUAUAAAGAAGAAACACAGUAAAUGACAAGAAAAUGGAUACUUGUCUAGAUGUCCUCCUUCUGGCAAAGUUAGGAGCCAAAUUUAUAUAUUGAACGAAAAGAUAUACGACUUUUAUUAAAACAUCAUCCUAAACAGUUGUUCUUGUCCUGGUUAUGGAUACAUUGUUAUCUAUUAUGCUUUUAUUUUAUUGUACUAAAUAUCAAGCAAUCUUUACAUUCCUUUGUUUUAACAUUUGAAAUAGACCAUCAAGUCUUA